CUGCCUAAAUUUCAGUACUGUAAUAGGGAGGAAAAAAAAAGGAACUGUCACCUUGCGCUCUCGCCGCCUCGCCCAGCGCCGCCGCCCGCCCGCCGCCUCUCCCGCCGGCCACCGCUUCAAUCCCGCCGUCCGCCGCCCGUGCCUGCCUCCACCGCGCCCUUUCCCGAAACUUCACCGGCGUUCCCCAACCUCCGCCGAGCGCCUUCGCCCUGCCCUAGCCCUUCCCGAACCCGGACGACUGACGGCGGCGCUCCGGUCAGGCGCCGGGAGAUAUGGGUUUACGUACCAGACGGCCGACUGUUGCAAUGCGUAGUGGUGACGAAGAAGAUUUUGACGAUGAUGGUGAUGAUGAUUACAGUGAUCAAAACGAUUAUGAUUAUAUCUGCAAAUAUGACGCUAGCCACAAUCAUGGUAGUGGUGAUGACAAGAGCAGUGAUGAUUACAGCUGCACUGAUGAUGAUAGCAACGAUGAUGGUGAUGAUAUUGACAAUGAUGAUGGUGGUGGUGGUGAUGCUACUGAUAAUUUAUGUGCAAUAUGUGACAAUGGAGGGAAAUUGCUAUGCUGUGAAGGACAAUGUAAAAGGUCCUUCCAUCCCAGAGAAAAAGAUGGAAGGGAAUCUAAUUGUGAAACUCUUGGUUUAACUUCUGCACAACUACAGGAAAUUGAUCAUUAUCUAUGCAAGAACUGUGAAUAUAAGCAACACCAAUGUUUCAGUUGUGGAGAUCUUGAGCCAUCUGAUGGACCAAAUGCUAAGGUGUUCCAAUGCUACAAAGCAUCUUGUGGGCACUUCUACCACCCCAGUUGUAUUGCCAAAUUACUUGAGCCUGAUGAUACUGAUGGAGCUUGCGAGUUGGAGAGGAGGAUUGCUGCUGGGAUGUCAUUUACAUGUCCUGCACAUUGGUGCUCAGAAUGUAGAACGAUGGAAGACAGUACUCAAUUGAGAGAAAGCGUGGCACAAGUGUACGCGCUUGGCACCUGGGUGAUAGAAUUAUCAUUUACUGUGGAAGCCAUAAACUAG